GACCAACUACAAUAACGUACAAAUUACGACACACGCGUCCCCGUAAAACGCGUUUUUUCCAUGUUCCAACGUAGACGAAAUUGUCGCGCUCACUCCGACACACAUGCGACACGCAAUUUCGCCCCCCUUCUCGUCACCGAAAAAUGCAUAAUUCCAUUGAAGGUGCUCGAUGACUGAUCGCCCGAUAAUGUAACGAUAUCGCACCAUUAUUAGUGAAACGAGGCGUCGCGUAACACAUGUAAGGAGGCUCGGCGAUACGUUGUUUCGUCUGAAGGGAAAAAUGACCGGUGAACACGAGGGACUGAGGAAACGCGCACAAAGUGUGACCCGAGCGGAGGAGAUCCAGGCGGUCGAGAAGAAGGUGCGGAGGAAACAGCCGGACAAGCCAUGCCACCAUCCGAGGGACUCGCUGUUUUCGUGGACGUCGGGGUUCGACAAUUUCACCGGGUUUGUGAAUUGGGGCUUCCUUUUGUUGAGCAUAGGAGGAUUAAGACUGUUAUUAGAGAACUUCAUCAAGUAUGGCAUCAGGGUGGACCCAAUCCAAUGGUUUUACAUACUUACAGGUCAAGAUGAAUCUGGAACUGAACAUCCGUCCUUAGUACUAAUUUUAUACUCAAAUGUACCAAUUAUAUUCUGUAUUUUGGUGGAGAAAGGCCUUUCAGUGGAAAUCAUUCCUCAAGGAGCAGGAAUGUUGGUUCACGUAGUAAACUUGCUUGCCUUAAUAAUUUUGCCCAUGGUGGUGAUCCAUGUAAAAGAUGGAUUUAGCUUAGUUGGAGCCUCAUUAGUGACAACAUUGUACAGUGUGUUAUUCCUCAAGCUGUGGUCUUAUGUGCAAGUGAAUUUGUGGUGCCGGAAAGCCAGACAACAACAAAAGAACAACUUAAGGAGGUCCUCUUUGUCCUACAGCAAUUUACAAAGUGAGACUGAAGGGGAAAAACAGUCGAGAAACGAAUCAAAAGAAAAGGAAAAGGAGCUGGUUAGUUACCCAGAUAAUUUAACAAUAAAAGAUUUGUAUUACUACUUGUGUGCCCCAACUCUGUGUUAUGAAUUGAACUUCCCACGCACUGAAAGGAUACGAAAACGAUUCUUGAUGAAACGAAUCAUCGAAGUUGUCCUCGGCAUCCAAUUAAUACUGUGUGUCAUACAACAGUAUAUGAUUCCUUCGGUCAAAAACUCCUUAAUACCUUUCAGUAACAUGGAUGUAACUAAGGCCACAGAAAGGCUACUGAAGCUGGCGAUGCCGAACCACUUGGCCUGGCUGUGCAUGUUCUACAUCCUGUUCCACUCGUGGCUGAACCUAGUGGGUGAGAUCCUCCACUUCGCCGACCGCAGCUUCUACAACGACUGGUGGAACUCCAACAAUAUCGACCUGUUCUGGCGUAACUGGAACCUGCCGGUCCACAGGUGGGCGGUCCGCCACUUAUACAUACCCCUGGUCGACAUGGGCUACAGCAGGAACAUCGCCGCCACCACAGUGUUCUUCAUCAGUGCCUUCUUCCACGAGUACAUGGUGAGCGUGCCCCUGAAGACGUACAAGAUCUGGGCGUUUGCGGGGAUGAUGGCUCAAAUUCCUCUGUCCAACGUUUCGAAAUACGUGGAGAAGCAGUACGGGCCCAGGUUUGGUAAUAUCGUGGUUUGGGCUUCGCUCAUUAUCGGUCAACCUUUGGCAAUUAUGAUGUACUAUCAUGAUUAUGUUGUUGAUCAUUUCGGUAAAUCGCUGAUAGAGGAUUACAGUCACGUUUGAAGUGAUUACAAAUAUUUAUACAUGACAAUGCAAUAUUUUUCUUCCAAAGAUCAAAUAUACCUUGUUUGUAUAGUUUUUUAUUGCAUUCAUAUUUUAUUUGUAGUUAUAUUAUAUAUAUUAUAUAUUAUUUUCCUCCAAACUUUUAUAGAUAUUUAUAUUAUACAUAGAGAGAUAUUUUUACAAGAUAUUACAAUAAGUUGCUUGCAAUUAAAAAACCAUUAUGGUUUAUAUCAUUAAGUUUAUAUUUUUGUGCCAGUGUUAAGUCAUAAUUUAAUUGUUGAAUAAAUUGUUUCUUAUCAUU